AUGCCACCCCCCAAACUCCUCCUCCUCACAGGACCGCCGCCAUCAGCAGCCCUCACCGAAUCCUCAUGCUCAAUACACAACUUCGAGAAGCCCUUCCAAGACCUCCUCGGGCUCCCGGCCGCCUCAUCGCACAGCCUCCCUCCCCAAACACAAUACACAGCAUGGCGAUCGCUACCUCUGGCCCGGCAGCCCCUCCACACCGGCUUCACCCAAGCCCACCACCUGCAGCGUGAUGCUCCAAGCAGCCCAAGCUUCUUCACAACCGCCGACACCACCACAACCCACGGGUUCGCCACAGCGCCAGACCACGACGGAACCCAAGACGUUCUCGCGCAGUUCUGUGAGCAAUCCCUCGCGGCGCACAACUCCAGCGCCGCCCCGGACCUCGACAGCUUCGACACGACUGAAAGCGCCUCCUUCAUGACAACCUCGCUGCUCUCAGAAGACGGCCAGCCCGCGCCGCCCGUGCCCGUGCCCUCGCACCUAUCUGACCUGGAGGAUGUGCCCUCCGCGAAACAAGUCACCUCCCUGCAGCCGCAGACCAUAACGCUCAACCUCAUAGUUGGCGUGCUGUCCGUGGCCCAGCCGCGCACAGUCACUACGAAAUGGGGCACCGCACUGUCGCUGAUAGAAGUCCUCGUGGGGGAUGAGACGGCCGCAGGAUUCGCAGUGACGUUCUGGGUGCCCGUGGACAAGGUGGCCGAGAGCGACGCUGUCCAGCUGCGACGGCAAGACGUGGUGCUCAUGGAGAACGUGGCGCUGCACGUGUUCAGGGGCAAGGUGUAUGGACAGAGCCUGCGAAGGGGUUUGACGAGACUGCACCUCCUUUGGAGGGCGGAAGGCGGCGGGUCUUAUUCCACGCGGAGUCUGACGAGGGCCGGCGGUGACAGCCCGCAGGUUGGUAAGGUCCGGGUUGUGAGGGACUGGGUGUUGCGGUUUGUAGGAUUGGAUAGGACGGGGAGGAAGAGGAGGAGGGGCGUUGUAGAUUGGGAUAAACCACCAGACCAUACACAAUGA